AUGAUUGAAUCAAAUUUCAAUUUAAACGCCAAAGAAGCCGUAGAAUGUUCUUUUAACUCCAAAGAAUGGUCAAGACUUCGUAAUGUUACAUGUUCAUAUUUGUCAUUAAAAAAUAAAAUAAAUUUAUAUACAAAUCAACUAGAACAAGUUCUUUCUGAAGCUUCUACUUACAGAGAUUAUGCCUCCCAAAUUCAAAAUUUCAAUGUUAAAGUAUCUCUCUUAAAUAAAAGAACAGUUUUGCUUCGUAAUUCAAUCCAAACAUUAAAUUUUAAAAUAAAUUCUAUCGACAAAGAAAAAGCGGAUGAAGACGAACAAAAAAUGUUAUUGACUUCAAAAAUUGAAAAUUUUGUUAAUAUUGAAGAAAAUUUAAUUAUUGACAGAAAACAACUUUUACGGCUUCGAAACCAAAUAAUUUUUCGACGACGUUUUCUUUUGAGAGAACUCAGUCAAAUAUUUUUCCCUAAAGGACGUGAAUCACGUCCUGCACUUAAGAAAAAUUGUUUUUGUUUAAAAUUUGAUUUGAUUAGAAGAUUGCAUUUGCCAAAUGUUGCUGCCUGUUUUGGACAUAAUGCUUCUGAAUUGUGUGCUGCUACAAGCUUUGUUGUCCAUUUAUUAAAUUGUACAAGUUUUAUUCUUUCUCAUCCAUUGAAGCAUUAUAUAUUUUUUAAUGGAUCCCGAUCAUAUUUACAAACUCGGAAUAAACUCGAAAGUUUUGACUUAUUUACUUCCACAUCAACAAAAAUAAUAACUAACCGCGACCAUUUUGAUUUUGCUUUAUAUUUAUUGUGUGAAAUAAUUGUGCAAUUACGUUCUGAUUGUUUAAUUAGAACAUCAGAAUUGGAUAGACCUAUUUAUUUAUUAAAUCAAUUAAUUAAUUCUUUUAUUGGAAUACACAGGUAA